AGGGGAUUUAAUGCAGCAAGGACCUUCCUGUUGCCUGAAUCCUGGUGGUGCCUGAGCUCUGCCGCUGGCAGCCCCUGCUGCCUGGAUCCCCCUGGAUCUGCCGCUGGACGCCCCUCUGCCCGGAGAGCCCAAGACACUGAAGCAUCCCCCAGCAGGAGCGGUUGUGAUAUCCUAAUCCUGACACCAUCUCUCGCAUGGAAUGCAGGAAAGAACCCCGUGUCUCAAUUCUCCCAGACCCCAGCGAAUGGCUGAAUCAAAGAGGUGCCUGCAAAGCAGAUCACCAGAUCCUGAGCCAAACUGAAGAGGACACCCCGCAGCGGGAGGGCGCUGGGAAAGCGGAGUCGCGCGGGGCGUCAGCAGAGAGAACUGGAGGGGACGUCUUGCAGCAGAUCAAGCCUGGGGCAGAGGGAAACCCCGUGGAGAAAGAUCACCUUACCUCCACCACCCCACUGGGGGCCAGGCGACCCCGAGGGGAUGUCACCCAGCAGAGUCUGCGGGGGGCCGUGGAAAACUCCACAGAGCGGGAUCUCCAAGACGUCACCACCAGGAGACCUGGAGGGGACAUCUCCCAGCAGAGCUUGUGUGGGGCCGGGGAAAACCCCACUGAGCGGGAUCUCCUAGACCCACCGGCAUCCCGGUGUCCCGGCGCCUGUGCCGACUGCGGGAAAACCUUCAGCCUGAGCUCGAACUUGCUGCGUCACCGUCGCACCCACCUGGGUCAGAAGCCCUACCGGUGCGUUGAAUGCGGCAAGGCCUUUGCCCAGAGCCAGCACCUCCUGGCCCACCAGCGGGUCCACACGGGCGAGCGUCCCUUCCUCUGCACCCAGUGCGGGAAGAGCUUCUCCCAGAGCCAGCACCUGCGCACCCACCGGCAGACCCACGGGGGCCAGCGGCCCCACCAGUGCCCCGAGUGCGGGCAGAGCUUCAGCCAGACCUCCAACCUCCUCAAACACCGCAGGGGCCACCUGGGCCACAAGCCUUUCCGGUGCGCCCAGUGCGGCAAAGGGUUUGGGGAGAGCUCCACCCUGAUCCGCCACCAGCGCACCCACACCGGCGAGCGGCCCUACCGCUGCCCGGCCUGCGGCAAGGCCUUCAGCCAGAGCUCCAACCUCCUCAAGCACCAGCGCACCCACACCGGCGAACGGCCCUACCGCUGCGAGCAGUGCGGCAAGGCCUUCGGCAAGAGCUCCGCCGCCAUCCUGCACCAGCGCACCCACACCGGCGAGCGGCCCUACCCCUGCCCCCAAUGCGGCAAGCGCUUCAGCCAGCGCCCCCACCUGGCCGCCCACUGUCGCGUCCACACCGGUGAGAAGCCCUUCGCCUGCCUCCAGUGCGGCCGCAUCUUCAGCCAGAGCGCCACGCUGAGCCGGCACCGCCGCACGCACCGGCUGGAGGGGGAGCAGGCGGGGGAGGCGCCCCGACCGGGAGAAGACGGGGGUUUGGAGAAGGCGGCGCCGUGCGAGAAUAGUGCACGGUGGGGGGAGCGCGUGGCCGGGGAGCACCAAUACGGCUACUCCGGCCUGUGACAUACCUUGGACUGCGGAAACAGUGUCACAGAUGUAAAGACCGUGCGCUAGCCCAAACCUCCAGGGAACAUAUCUCCAACUGGUGGUGGUAUUUAUAUCACAGUAGGCUCCAGAAAAUGCUGGGCAUUGUACAGAUGUUUUUCCCCCUUCUCUUGUAUUAUUUCUUGACUUACUUCCUAUCCUCAGGGAUUGUUGUCUUCUUUGGGAGAGAAGCGAGAGUGGCGGAGCUAAAGACCGUCUCGUGCUAGUGGAUGGCGGGGGAAUUGAACCUGGGACUUCGGGAGCUUGAAGCGUGGGCCUGUACUGCCUGAACUAAAAGAGCAUCUUCACUCAGCCAAGGCUGUUAUGUGCGCAUGUAACCUGCCUGCUACCUCUCGAAGGCAGCAGCACACACUCUGAGUGAGGGUUAAAUCAGCUUCUCUUCUAAAUGGUUGAUUUAAAGCAGCAGGCCACACGGACUUAAAUAGGAAGACUGCAUGAGAUAAUAUUCCUGGCACUUUAAAAAAAAAAUCAACUACAAGGCUGGACUGGCUGGUACAAUCAACGCUUCCGCGAGCUGCUGCCGCCUGGAGAGAUGGCUGAGAGGCAGAGGAGAGGGGUGACAAGCAAAGGAACCAGACCCAGCCUGAAAAUUGGCCCAGUUGUUCGUCUUUCCUCUUGCAUGCGUGGGUCUGCGGUGCGGCAGUAAUGAAGGAGGGUUAUGGGGCAGCACCACGACAGCCCCUAGUGGGGUCAUCAUCGGGGCUGGGAUCCAGUAUCCUGAUGCUAAAUGGGCCGGCAUCUGCCGCAGAACUUUGGAGCAGAGCCCGGAGCUGAAGCACGGACCAGUAGGUUUUUGCCCAGAGCUGGCAAAAUUCAAAAAUUUGAUUGCUCCAAAUCCCUGGUCUGCCGCCUGAGUGAAGAUGGCCCAGCAGGGUUGUGUAUGUGGCCCUGCCGCUAGCCGGGGACGUAGCUGCACUGUCUGCCACAGUGGGAUGCGACAUUUUACUGACCAAACGAGCUGCGGUUUUGGCCUCCCAAUCAGCUGUGACUCGGAAAGCCACCGGCCAACCCAGCUUUUAAGCUAAUAAAACACAUCCAAUUAUCACCAA